UUGGAGCACCCAUCACGCAAAGAUCCUUUUCAUGUGGCGCAAACAUCUCCCAAACAGCGUGAUACGGUAACUGGACCUGCAGGAACAAAGCCAUCAGCUUGCUGGCAGUACGGUGAGUGGCACUUUGUGAAACUCUGCCCUUACAAGAAACAUAAAUGUACACUAAAUCGUCGUGGCCAUAAGGAGACACAGUGCCGAACCAAAAGGCACAACAGAACGAUCAGCCGCUACAGCAGAUCAAGUAGCAGAUCACGAAAACAGCCCAAAUUCAACGCUGUCCUUGUCACAAUCGAACCAAAUUUCCAGCUACGUCGGAAGUACGUGACGGCCAAAACAAACGAAAAAACAUUUCGUUUGCAGCUCGAUACGGCCUCCGAUAUCACACUGGUAUCUAAACGUACUUGGAAGAAAACUGGCUGCAUAAGGUACACACCAACAAUCAACACGGCCAGAAACGCCUCAGGAGGUAAAACCGAUUUACUUGGCGCUUUUGAGUGUGAGAUGGAAAUAUCAGGCAAACGAAGUCGUGGAUCAAUCUUUUUAGUCGAUUGUGAAUUGGACUUGUUUGGUAUCGAUUGGAUCGAUCGCCUGCAACUUACACAUAUGACAAUCGAUGAGCUAUGUUCAUCCACACCAAACCAAGUUAAGACUGAGUCAAAAGAUGUAUUGGUAUUCUAA